AUGGACGCUAACGUAUCUGGCUCAACAAGUCAUCUGAACAUCCCGAGCGGCGCUGACUGCGGCUCAUUCGUACAAAGAAUGGCUGUUCGUCUGGCAACCAUUGUGUCGUUCUUUCCUGAUGGCUACAAAGACAUCGGUGUAUUGGCCUGCAUUGGGAGUGAACUCGAGAUUGUUCUCGCCUACAUUGGCCAUUGGCGUCUAAUCGCUGGAACCACUGGACUUUCCGAGUCUACACUUCCCGGGAGCUUUCUUCUGGAACUGCAAAAUACGCUGGACAGUGAAAGGGGUCUCCAUUUCCACCUGAUCGCGGCUGCAAAGCAGCUGCUAACCUCAGUGACGGAAAAUAGCGAGCUUCCGGAUCCACCAUUCAAGCGCUGGUGGCUUCACAUUCCGAAAGACGGCCCGCCUCCCGCCGGUUGGAAACCCUUUAACCUCGGCAUGGAAAUCAUUCGAGAGGCCUUGACCGCUGUAUUACAGUUUAUCACAUCCCUUCCUGAGGAUCAGUACUGA